AUGUCCCUUCCUCAGACCACGACAAUGAAGCCGACGCAGUCGUCCAUCAAGUCCUUUUUCCAGCCUCGUCAACAACCCUGCUACGCGCCUCCGCCCCCGACAUCAAAAUACGCGCCCGCACCUUCCUCGACAGAAGCUCCGACUGCCCCUCCUCUCCCCGCGACCAAACCCCCCACCUCAACACCGACAGCAGCUUUCACUCCGACCACGGUAUCACCAACUCCUACAACGACGGCACCAUCGCCGGCGGGCUUGACGCCCAUCCACCCCAAUGCCGCAAUCCGCCCCGUGGGCGACCGAGACUUGCAGCCCCUCCGCCGCAUCAACUCCCUCCUCCUUCCCGUCGCUUACCCCGAGACAUUCUACGCCGCCGCCCUCACGGGCCCUCUCUCCCGCGUGAUAACCUGGUCCGAUCCUUCCACUCCGGGCGUAGAGCAAGUUGUGGGCGGCGUCGUAUCCCGCGUUGAACCCUCUCCCUUCCCGCCCACUUCGCCAGGCGCUCGGUCCGAACACGCUCUUUACAUCCAAUCCCUGGGUCUCCUCUCCCCUUACCGCUCCUACGGGCUGGCGACUGCCACCAUCGAUCACCUCGUCGCCGCCGCUACAGCCUUGUCCCCCGAGAUCAACCUCCGUUAUGUGUAUGCCCAUGUCUGGACGGACAAUGAAGAGGGCAUGCACUGGUACACCGCCCGCGGCUUCGAACGCUACGGAGAGCCAUUGCUGGGAUACUACACGAAGCUACGCCCAGACUCGGCUUGGAUUGUGCGUCGCACCGUCGGCCCGUUGUCCAUCGGCGGCCCGAUGCAUCAUCCCGAGAAGGCGUCUGCGCCUAGACCCGGCCCCACCGCCGCCAUUGCGAACCUCCCUCCCAUGAGCGGCGGCCCUCCUCCAGGCACUGGCGAGCCGCUCUCGAAAUGCACCUCGGGUCAGUCCUUCCAGAACCGUCGCGCCGCAACAGAGUGGAACGACUUACCCGAGGAGAUGGCGCCGGGCUUGCUCGCUGCUCCUCGGAACAACGCCGGGUCAGGAGCAAGCUCGAGAAGCAGCUCCGCGGCGAGGAAGAAGAAGGACAGAUCGUACCCUGCUGCGGCAUUUCAGAGCUAG